AUAUUCCAGACUUCAAAAACUGGGGGCUGAGUUUUUAUUAAAAUAAUUAAUGACAAAUCUCCAAACUCCCGAUUUAAUUUCCAUGCCUUUCAGCCGCCGCCCUCUCAAUUCUUAACCAUGUCUCUCGCCGUCGCUUUCUCCGCCCUCUUCCUUCUCUUCUUCCCAUCUCCGGCAGCAGCCCAGUCUCCCAAACCCACCAAUUUCUCUGCCUUCUCUAUCUCCCAAUCUCCAUGGCGACCCUCCCAGAAUCUUGUUCUCCUCUCCCCCAACUCCCUUUUCGCCGCUGGCUUCCGCCCACUACCCAACAACUCCAAUCUCUUCAUCUUCUCCGUUUGGUACUUCAACAUCUCAACAGACAACGUCGUCUGGUCUGCCAACCGUCUUCAUCCGGUCAACGGUUCAGCAGCUCUGGUCAUCACAGCCACCGGCCAGCUCCGUCUCAACGACGGCUCCGGUCGCAACCUCUGGCCUUUCAACAAUGUCACUGCCAAUUCAAAUUCGACCCAAUUAAUCCUUCGCGACGAUGGUGAUUUGAUUUACGGGACAUGGGAAAGCUUCCAAUUCCCCACCAAUACUAUCUUGCCUAAUCAGACAUUUAAUGGAACCACCAUCAUCUCCAACAACGGCAAAUAUUCGUUUGUGAACUCUGUUAAUUUGACCUUUGGAACAGAGAGGUAUUGGUGGACUGAUAACCCUUUCAAGAAUUUCGAAAAUACAGGUCAAAUCAACAGAGAUAAUCAAAACCCAAUUUACCCUACUGAUUUUAAUUCGACUCGGCUCCGGAAAUUGGUUGUUGACGAUGAUGGGAACCUCAAGAUUUUGAGCUUCGACCCCAAUUCUCCGAGGUGGGACAUGGUUUGGCAAGCACAUGUAGAGUUGUGUCAAAUCUUUCAUACUUGUGGCCCAAAUUCUAUCUGUAUGAGUAGUGGCAGUUACAAUUCCACUUACUGUGUCUGUGCUCCUGGAUUCAGCCCCGAUCCUCGCGGUGGAGCACGUCAAGGAUGCAACCGGAAACUCAACGUAUCGAACAAACUCAAGUUUCUUCAACUGGAUUUUGUGAAUUUUAGAGGUGGGGCUAAUCAAAUUUUCAUACAAACCCCAAAUAUUUCAGUCUGUCAAGCGAAUUGUUUGAAGAAUUCGAGCUGUGUGGGCUAUACAUUCAGCUUCGAGGGCAACGACCAGUGUGUGCUUCAGCUAGACAUGUUGUCGAACGGGUUAUGGUCGCCUGGGAUGAAGACGGCUGCCUUUGUGAAGGUCGAUAAUUCGGAAACAGAUCAGUCAAAUUUCACCGGAAUGAAGUACAAACUCCAAACCACAUGUCCAGUUCACAUCAGUAUCCGGCCGCCACCGGAUAACAAAGACAAGACAACUAGGAACAUAUGGAUAAUCGUCUCCAUAUUCAUAGCCGAACUAAUCUCCGGGGCGGUUUUUUUCUGUGCAUUCUUGAAGAGGUUUAUCAAAUACAGAGACAUGGCUCGCACGCUUGGUCUCGAAUCACUACCCGCCGGUGGACCGAAGCGGUUCAGCUACGAAGAGCUGAAGAUUGCCACCAACGACUUCUCAAAUCCUGUUGGAAAAGGUGGAUUCGGCGAAGUCUUCAAAGGGGAAUUGCCGGACAAACGUGUUAUCGCCGUGAAAUGCUUGAAAAACGUCUCUGGCGGCGAUGGGGACUUUUGGGCGGAAGUCACCAUUAUCGCCAGAAUGCACCAUCUCAACUUGCUCAGAUUGUGGGGAUUCUGCGCCGAAAAGGGUCAAAGAAUGUUAGUCUACGAGUACAUCCCCAAUGGAUCUCUCGACAAAUUCCUCUUCGUCAAAUCUUCGUCCUCUGAUUCAAUAGAGAUAGAUGGAGAGAACCCAUUGCUAGAUUGGGGAAUCCGUUACAGAAUCGCCAUUGGAGUUGCAAGAGCAAUCGCGUACUUGCAUGAGGAAUGCCUGGAAUGGGUAUUGCAUCGAGACAUAAAGCCCGAAAAUAUCCUUCUAGACAACGAUUUCUGCCCGAAAUUAUCGGAUUUUGGGUUGUCGAAACUAAAAGAAAACGACGGAACAGCAGUGAGUAUAUCUCGGAUCAGAGGCACGCCCGGUUAUGUGGCACCGGAGCUAGUGAAAUUGGGUUCAAAUUCAAUGACGACGAAAGCAGAUGUGUAUAGUUUCGGAAUGGUGCUACUGGAGAUCAUCAGCGGGACCAGGAAUUUCGAUACAAAAGAAGGAUCGACAGUUGAGAGCGCGUUUUGGUACUUUCCAAGCUGGGCAUUCGAAAAAGCCUUUGUGGAAGAGAAGAUUGAAGAAGUUUUAGACAGUCGGAUCAGGAAUCAGUAUGACAGUGGAGCCCAUUUUGCGAUUAUUAACCGUAUGGUGCAAACGGCAAUGUGGUGCCUUCAGAGCCAGCCGGAGAUGAGACCGUCGAUGGGGAAAGUGGUGAAGAUGUUGGAAGGGAAGUUGGAGAUUCCUAACCCGGAAAAGCCCUCCAUUUACUUUCUAUCGGAAGGACAGGAAGGUCCUAAACAUCCAAUAGCCAUGGUGGUCGAUUCUGUAGAUUCUAUGGACUCUGACUUUCCUCCAGCUGAAUACAGCUCAACUAGUCAAAGUUUUGGGUAACUUUUCUUAAUCUUUUUAAACUUCAAUUGUAUGAAUAUGAAACUUUUAAGAAUAUAUAUAUUCUUUUUUAUUAGAAUGAUUUUUAAAAUGUUUAGAAUCCAUAAUGAAGUAAAUUGUUUCUAAUGCUAUAGAAAGUUAGCAUCUUUUUUUUAUCAA